AACCCUCAUAAAUAUCAAAUAUCCACCACAAACUCAGAUUCUGGGAAGAGAAGGAGAUAAAAUCCCAAUAUAUCAUUAUCCAUGCCCUACGUCACUCAACAAAUAAGCACUCAAAACAUCCCAAAACACACCAUUUCCAUUUGUUUUGAAUUAUUGAAUUAUUGAUCCAGAUUAUUUAGAUCAUAUAGCUGCUGAUUUCUUGGGGUUUUGGAGGCCAUAAAUAUAUUUGGAAUUAAUGGCUUCUCUGACUUCGAUCACACUGAACCCAUCUUAUUCUUCCCCGUUGGGAUCAUUCGCUUCAAAUCAUUGCCAGCAUAACCAGAAUUCCUGCUGGCUUACAGCCGUCGGAUCAGUCAGAUCAUCAUCAUCAUCCACAAGGCAACGGUUUUCGUCGCAGGGCCUCAGAAUCCGUAGUGCAGCAACAAAACAAGCUAAAACGCCAGCUGAAGAGGACUGGAAGACUAAGAGGGAACUUCUCCUACAGAAAAAGGUGAGGAGUGUGGAUGUGAAAGAAGCUCUGAGGCUUCAAAAAGAAAACAACUUCGUGAUUCUUGACGUGCGGCCUGAAGCGGAAUUCAAAGAGGCUCAUCCGCCGGGCGCGAUUAACGUGCAAAUAUACAGGCUUAUAAAGGAGUGGACAGCGUGGGACAUUGCCCGCCGUGCUGCUUUCGCGUUUUUCGGCAUCUUUGCCGGCACAGAAGAGAACCCUGACUUCAUAUCAAGUGUGGGAUCGCAGCUAGAUAAGAAGGCAAAGAUAAUAGUGGCUUGCGCCGCCGGCGGUACGAUGAGACCGACCCAAAAUCUCCCAGAAGGUCAACAGUCAAGAUCACUGAUAGCAGCCUACUUGCUCGUCCUCAACGGUUAUACGAAUGUCUUCCACCUAGAAGGCGGACUUUACGCGUGGUUCAAAGAGGGGCUGCCAUCGGUUGCAGAAGAAGAAGAAGAGUGAAACACCGGUGGCGGUAUGAAAGAAAGUUCCUUCAAGGGAGCGUGUUUUGUUCAUAAAUUGAGUGUGUACGUGCUUGCCAUUGAUUUCUUAGCAUAACUAACAACUUAUGAAUUCGGAUUCAAAUGGAAUGUUCUUGUAAUGAUGCUAAACAUAACAACGACCGGAUAAUUUCCGCCCGUAAUGUCUUCAUCAUUUCUCUUUUUCGAUCAA